UCGGGGCCAUGUAUUCCUCUGUCAACUGCUCCCACUUGGAAUUAAAGCUGUCCAUCCUGGAGCUGCUGGAGAAGGCAGCCUACAAGGACCUGUGCAAUGAUAGCAGUCAAGAAGAGCCAUACUUUGACCCCGAAGACUUGAACAUGACCAUAGAGCAGCUCCGCCUGAAGUACUUGGGGCCGCGCCGGUCGGGGUUCUUCAUCCCCAUCUGCACCACGUACCUCCUGAUUUUCGUGGUUGGCGCAGUGGGCAACGCCCUGACCUGCCUGGUCAUCAUCCAGCACCGAUUCAUGAGGACGCCCACCAACUAUUACCUCUUCAGCCUGGCCGUCUCCGACCUGCUGGUCCUCCUCCUGGGCAUGCCGUUGGAGAUCUACGAGAUGUGGAGCAACUACCCGUUCCUGCUGGGCGCAGGCGGCUGCUGCUUCAAGACGCUGCUCUUUGAGGCCGUCUGCUUCGCCUCCAUCCUCAACGUGACGGCGCUCAGCGUGGAGCGCUACAUCGCCGUGGUGCACCCUCUCAAGGCCAAAUACGUGGUGACCAAGAACCACGCCAAGAGGGUCAUCGUCACCGUCUGGGUCCUGUCCAUCAUCUGCUCCAUCCCCAACACCAGCCUGCACGGCAUCCAGACCCUCCACGUCCCCGCCCGGGGGGUGGUCCCCGACUCGGCCACCUGCACCCUGGUCAAGUCCCGCUUGAUGUACAACCUCAUCAUCCAGGUGACCACCAUCAUCUUCUUCUUCGUGCCCAUGGGCGUCAUCAGCGUCUUGUACCUGCUCAUCGGCCUGCAGCUGAGGAAGGAGAAGAUGCUCGAGGCUCUGGAGGCCAAGUCGGCAAGCAACUGCGACUACCACAAUAUCCGCCUCCAGCAGAAGAAAGUCCGCAGGAGGCAGGUGACCAACAUGCUGUUCGCACUGGUGGUCGUCUUUGGGAUCUGCUGGGCUCCCUUCCACACCGACCGCCUGGUCUGGAGCUUCGUGACCCACUGGACCGACCGGAUGCUGAGGAUGUUCCAGUACGUGCACAUCAUCUCGGGCGUCUUCUUCUACCUGAGCUCGGCCGCCAACCCCAUCCUCUACAACCUGAUGUCCACCCGCUUCCGGGAGAUGUUCAAGGACGUGAUGUGCCGCCGGCGCUUCCAGAAGCUGCGCUCGCGCAAGCACUCGCCCAGCAGCACCCGAGUCACCAUGCGCAGCACCGUCUCCGAGCACGUCGGCGGAGGUGACGGGCAGCCGCUGUCCGACCUGGAGGACUACGAAGCCGACCCAGAGAGGGACGAGGCUGAGGAGUGCGAGGGUCCUUUCCUCUGA